AUGGAUGGUCAAAUUUUUGUCUAUUAUCUACCACCUAACGUAACUUCCUUAAUACAGCCAAUGGAUCAAGGCGUGAUUUCCUGUUUGAAACGAAAGUACAAAAAGAUAUUUCUCCGUUAUCUCUUACAAGAAAAUUGUUAUGAUUCAAUGAAAGAACUUUUGAAAACAUGGACCAUAAAAGAUGCCAUUUUUGCAGUAUGUAAUGCUUGGAAAAAUGUACCUACAAGUACGUUACGACUUUCUUGGGCGAAAAUCUUAGAUCAAGGUUAUGGUGACGAAGAAAAUGUCGAAGAUACAGAUAUAGAAGAUUGUCUUGAACUUGCUACAUCUAUUCCAGAUUUCACUAACGUUGAUAAAGACGAUAUUGUUGAUUGGCUACAAAAAGAUCAUAACGAAGAGGGAUUUGAGCGUUUAAGUGACUUUGACAUAGCAGCUCGUUAUGGCAGUACAAGUACACUAUCUACCUCACAAAAGCUUGAUUCUUCUUCUGAGAGUGAUAAUGAAAGUGAGAGUUUUGAAAAAAUACAGACUAGCCAAGCAAUGGAAGCAGUUGAUGUCCUUUUGAAAUUUUGCGAGCAGGAGGAUUUUGACUUCCAUGACGUUAUUGGCUUAAGAAAAAUAAGAAGUGAAGUGAGGACAAUUAUUUCAAAACAAAAAAAACAAAGGCUGAUCACUUCUUACUUUUUUUAA